UGGAAUGCAGAUGCAGUUUCUAUAAAUAAAAUUUAAAUCUAAAGACAUUAUUAAAUUUCAAGACGAGCAUUUAACAACAGCGGAGCGUUAAACCCAAAGUACAAAACAAAUAUUGCAAAAUUUCAGUGAAUUAAAUAAAAAAAAGCAAAUUAAAAAUGGCGCGACGUGACUAUGCCCAAGAUAAAGAAGCCAUCAAAAGUUUCCUUAGUGAAUUCUGCAAACAAGACGAUGAAGGCAAAAAAACUUUCGUCUAUGGCCAGCAACUGGUGAAAAUUGCACAUCGCGAACAGGUCUUGCUAUCCAUAGAUUUGGAUCAUUUGGCCGAAUUUAAUGAAGGUUUAGCCGAUGCUGUUGUUAGUAACUGUCGGCGUUAUGCCGCCAUGUUUAGUGAUGUUAUAGCAGAAAUGCUGCCCAAUUACAAGGAACAUGAAGUACAUGCCAAAGACGCCUUGGAUGUGUACAUUGAACAUCGUUUACUUAUGGAAACACGCACCAGAAAUCCCAUGGAACAACACGAUCAACGAAACGCUUUCCCAUCCGAUCUAAUGAAAAGAUUUGAAGUGGGUUUCAAGCCCCAAUCCCAUGUUAAGGCAAAUUCCAUACGUGAAGUAAAGGCAGAACAUAUUGGUAAAUUAGUUACUGUGCGUGGUAUUGUUACGCGUUGUACCGAAGUCAAACCCAUGAUGGUGGUGGCCACUUACACAUGCGAUCGUUGCGGUUCAGAAACCUAUCAACCCGUCAGUUCUUUAUCAUUUACUCCCGUAUCGGAAUGUCCCUCGGAUGAUUGUCGUGUGAAUAAGGCAGGCGGUCGACUUUACUUGCAGACUCGUGGCUCUAAGUUUGUUAAAUUUCAAGAAGUUAAGAUACAAGAGCAUAGCGAUCAAGUUCCCGUAGGUCAUAUACCACGUACUAUGACCAUUAUGUGUCGUGGUGAAGUCACACGUCAGGCUCAGCCCGGUGAUCAUGUUCUAAUAUCUGGUGUUUAUUUACCUUUAAUGCGCGGUGGUUUCCAACAGAUGGUACAGGGUCUAUUGUCGGAGACAUUUUUACAAGCUUAUCGCAUUAUUUGCAUUAAUAAAAACGAUGAAAUAUCUGACAAAGAUUCUGAACUAUCACCUGAGGAAUUAACAGAAUUGGCACAAGAUGAUUUUUACGAACGUUUGGCUACCAGUUUGGCACCCGAAAUAUAUGGCCACUUGGAUGUUAAAAAGGCUAUGCUGUUAUUGUUAGUGGGCGGUGUUGAUAAGAGACCAGAUGGCAUGAAGAUACGUGGCAACAUAAAUAUCUGUCUUAUGGGUGAUCCCGGUGUAGCCAAAUCUCAGUUAUUGGGUUAUAUCAGUCGUUUGGCUAUACGAUCCCAAUAUACCACCGGCAGAGGUUCUUCGGGCGUUGGUUUAACUGCUGCUGUUAUGAAAGAUCCUCUAACGGGUGAAAUGACUUUGGAGGGUGGUGCUUUGGUGUUGGCUGACCAGGGUGUUUGCUGUAUUGAUGAAUUUGACAAAAUGGCUGAUGUCGAUCGUACCGCUAUACACGAAGUUAUGGAGCAGCAGACCAUAUCCAUUGCUAAAGCUGGCAUAAUGACCACUUUAAAUGCUAGAGUAUCGAUUUUGGCUGCUGCUAAUCCGGCUUUUGGUCGUUAUAAUCCACGUCGUACCGUUGAACAAAAUAUUCAGCUACCAGCCGCUUUGUUGUCACGUUUCGAUCUAUUGUGGCUGAUACAGGAUAAACCAGAUCGUGAAAAUGAUUUGCGUUUAGCCAAACAUAUCACCUAUGUGCACAGUCAUUCCAAACAACCACCCACCCGCGUUAAGGCACUCGAUAUGAAUCUAAUGCGUCGUUAUAUAAAUCUUUGCAAACGUAAAAAUCCCACCAUACCCGAUGAAUUGACCGAAUACAUUGUGGGCGCUUAUGUGGAACUAAGACGCGAAGCUCGCAAUCAAAAGGAUAUGACCUUUACCUCGGCCCGUAAUCUUUUGGGUAUUUUACGUUUAUCCACAGCUUUGGCACGUCUACGUUUAUCGGACAAGGUUGAAAAGGAUGAUGUGGCAGAAGCCUUAAGACUUUUGGAAAUGUCUAAAGAUUCGCUCAAUCAAGUACAUGAACAUCAAAAGGGACACAUUCCUAACACUUCUGACAAAAUCUUUGCUGUGGUCCGUGAAUUGGCGGGCAGUAGUACUACGGUUAAAAUUGCCGAUGUUAUGGACCGUUGUACGACCAAAGGUUUUAAACCCGAUCAAGUUGACAAAUGCAUUGAAGAUUAUGAAGAGCUUAAUGUAUGGCAAGUUAAUAUGGCUCGUACGAAAAUUACUUUUAUGUAAAAUAAUCUUCAAAUAUUGAUUGAUGGCAGCAGAAGAAA